CACUUUACCAAAUUGUGAAAGAAAACACAAAAAUCUGCAUUUCUGCAAAUCCUCCUCCUCAUGCUGCUAAGGAAUUUUUAAGUUGAACCAUGAAAAAACUAAAGGUUGAAGUAUGCAUGAUCUCGGCUCGCGGGCUAAAUCGGCCGUCAUCGCUGUGGAAGCUCCAGUGGUAUGCAGUUGGAUGGAUAGAUCCGAAUAACAAAUACUGCACCAAGGUUGAUGCUUCUGGUAGCAAAAACCCAACAUGGAAAACCAAAUUUUCAGCAGUAAUUGCGGAUGAUAACGAUGGAUAUGAAUCGAAAUCUCCAACCUUAAACAUUCAAGUGUUCAGUAGAGAACCUAUCUUUCUCAGAGAGAAACUUCAGGGAACCGCUACCAUCCUCUUGAGGGAAUUUGUAGACAAAUAUUAUAGUAGUACUAUUAAUGUGAACAAUUCAUCGUCGCCAUCAUCAGGGUCAGUUGAAGAAGUGGGAAGCUUUCAGUUGAGGAAGAAGACAUCUGGGAAACCACAGGGAUUGGUGGAUGUUUCUGUCAGGAUAUUCGAGGAUAGGGACGAUGUAGGUGGAGGGAAUUUCCCGGGUUAUCAUUAUUCAGGCAACAGUGGAGAAGGAUUUGAUUUGGGAGGCGGAGACCGAGGAGGAAGUCAGAUGAAUGAAAUAUUUAUUGGAGGGGGGCGGUGGUCAAAUGUGGAAGACCAGCGUCUCCGUCAUCACCACCACCAUUACCAAUCCGAUCCUGAUUCUCGUCCUCAGCCGCGCCCGGCAGCUCAAGGUAGGUGGUCGGAUCCGGAAGACUACCCCCAUGAUACCCACCAGCCUUCCGAUUAUUCUAAUUCUCAACAAGACUACCCCCAGGAUCCUCAUCAGCCACCUGAUCAUUCCCGUCCUCAACAGCGCUCUGCAUUCCAUGGUGGGGGAUUAAAUGUCAGGGACAACCAUCCACAUGCUAAUACUCAACCGAAGGGUCGUUCUCAUUCUCAAUCUCCAGAAACCCAAGGUAGAUGGUCUAACGCAGAAGACGAUCACCAUAUCUCACUGCAACCACCUGAUGAUUCUCAACAGCGCUCACCACGAGGUAGGUGGUCAAAUGUUCGCCGACGCCGACACUCCCACACUAAUAAUCAGCAAACGGAUUCUCAGUCUCAACUGCAACAGGAAACCCAAGGUGGAUGGUCGAAUGUGGAAGACCACCACCACAGCUCACAACAGCAACCUGAUCAGUUUCAUUCCCAGUCACGCACAGCAGCCCCUCCAAACUGGAGACAACAACCAAAUGGAACUUACCCAGAUUCCCAAUUGAUGAUGCCAAAUAACAACUCAAAUCAGCAAUCAUUUUCAGCACAGAGCACACAAGGCUCCUACAGACCGCCUCCUCCACCCCCACCACCACCAUCACAUGUGGGGUUUUUACCCAGUUUUCUACCAAGAGCAGAUCCCCGCUUCUCAAGUGCAUAUGCAGAUAACAGAGGACCUGGUGGUGGGACUGCCCCAGCAGGGCAAGGUGCUGGUCCCCGAAAUAACAGUGGUGCAGCAAUGGGUAUGAGUGCCGGGGCAUUAGCAGCUGGUGCAGUCCUCUUUGGUGACGAUUUCAUUUCAGGCUUUGACAUCCCAUCAAAUUUGCAGGAAGAAACUCCUUAUUACUACUAAUAAGUUCAAUCAGAUGUCAGCAUACACAACUGUAAAAUCUGUAAUUGAAGUGUUUUCCUUUCUAUCAAAAAAUUUAGGUUUAAUUAUCUCUUCAAAAUCUCGGCACCUCGUGCUAUAAAUAAAUACUGUAUAUAAAUAAAUGAAUAAAUAAAAGGUACAAAUUGGUAAUAUUCACCCAAAA